UAAGGCUUUUUUUUUUAUCAAAUAUUUAAAAGACAAUAUUUUGGGUUAUUCAUUUAAAGCAAUGAAUCGAAGAGAUUGCAUUUCCCUAGAGAGGUAUGAAUUUUCUAUUAAUGUUUGAUUCUUUAAAGAAGUCGUAGAUGAAUGCUUUUGGGAAUAAUUCAAUUCAAUUGUUGCUCACCAAUAUUGUGUGAUACUAGAUAUCGUAAAAUUGAGGGAAGAAGGACGUUGACCCAUUAUUUAAGAAAUAUAUAAUUAGCAUUUAAAGGGUCUUUCUUGGUUUUUUUCUUCAAAUUCACGAUUAUUUCUAGAAAAAUAAUCAGCUACUGAUC